AUGGAAGCAGCUCAAGACAAAAUUGCAUCAUUCCUACUGCCAUCAGUGACUCUGCCCUUGACGAAAUCAUAUACCUAUUUCAGCAAUGUGCCAUCCGCAUUGGUAGAGAACAGACCUGAUAAAGUCAACGAGCCUUGUGUACUGGGUGUCGAUGAGGCAGGAAGAGGUCCUUGUUUAGGCCCCAUGGUGUAUGCCGUGAGCUACUGUCCCCUCUCUAGACACCAGGAAUUCAAGAAGCUUGGAUUUGAUGAUUCCAAAAAGUUGACAGAGGAGAAGCGAACGCAAUUAGCAAAAACGAUCGAAGCCAGCAAGGAGUGGGUAGGCUGGGCCGUCUAUGUCAUCUCACCACAAGACAUCUCCACCAACAUGCACAAGAGGCCUGUGUAUAAUCUGAAUGAGAUGGCUCAUGACGCUACCAUCAAGUUGAUUAGACAAGUUCUAGACAGCAGAGUCAAUUUAGAAGAAAUUUACGUUGAUCCUGUCGGCCCAUCCAGCUCGUACAAGUCCAAACUUCAAUCCCAUUUCCCUGGCAUUGCCAUCACAGUGGAACCCAAAGCUGAUUCAUUGUAUCCUAUAGUCAGUGCAGCCUCCAUCUGUGCUAAAGUUACUCGAGACCAAAUUGUGCAAAACUGGCAAUGGACAGAGACAGAUCUUGCAUUAUCCAAGGACUUUGGAUCCGGAUAUCCGUCGGAUCCCAAUACUGUCAAAUGGAUGAACGAAAAUGAGGAGGAUUUCUUUGGAUUUCCCAGUAUUAUGCGGUUCAGCUGGAAAACGAUCAGUCAGCGCAUGAUGCACAGUCGCAAUAUAGAGUGGUCAGAAGACGAGGAUGACGAACAUGAGCCAACAACGAAGCGAGCAAAGAAGAUUUUGGAGGAAAAGAUUGCACAAAAGGAGAGGCUACGAAAGAGAGCUGCGAAAUACAAUCACCAUCGUAGAGGCAAAUUGAAUACACAAUUUAGUUUAGACACAACUGAUAGUCUUGUAUGA